UGAUGGAGAGAGGGAGUACGUACGGAGGAGUGGCCUUCACGAUCCCAGCCCAACAUGCGGAGUUUGUUUAUAACGCGUGGAAGGAAGGGGACAAUGUGGAGACAUCUCACGUCGCUUCACUUUCUCAAACCCUGCGGCAGAUCGUUUCACCCUGUCACCGUAUCAGGAGCCCGUCUACGUUAGAUUUGGACUGGAAUAACUCAUCUAAAGAAAUCACUUUCAAGAAAUAAAGAGUCUGAGCACCAUUAGAAACUGCUGAGACGAUCUACUGGGUGCUGUACCAGAGACUUUUUAAAUGAUGACGAUGAGGACCCCGGGGCCACGGAGGGCCUGUGUUCUGCUGGGUGUGUUCCUAGAACUGCUGUUGUUGCUACCAGACGCCACCUCUACGGACUCCACCGCUGUAACCUGGAGCCAGAGCGGACCCCGACUAAAGCUCUCACACACAGACGUGCGUUGGAGGAACAGUUCCAGUGUGUUCUGGGACAGAGGUGUGAGUGGAGGUUACCAGUCCCUGCUGCUGGAUGAGGACCGUGGCUGGCUCCUGGUGGGGGGCAGAGACCACAUCUACCUUCUCCACUCGGACAGCCUGGCUCUUCCUACACGCACGAUUUACUGGCCAGCUGUGGAGGAACACGUCGAACACUGCAGAUUGGCAGGGAAGAACCUGUCGACUGACUGCGCCAACUACGUGCGUCUCCUCCAGCCCUUCAAUAAGACCCAUGUGUAUGUCUGUGGCACCGGGGCCUACCACCCACAAUGCACCUACAUAGACCUGGGACACAGCAAUGAGGAGCCGUUGUUCCGUCUGCAGAGCCAUGCUGUGGAGUCUGGACGGGGGAAAUGCCCCUUUAGUCCACGGGAACCCUUCACCGCCAGGCUCACUGAUGGAGAUUUGUAUGCGGGGACGUCGGUGGAUUUUAUGGGUACCAACGCAGCUAUAUUCCGUACCUCUGUGCACAGCAGCAACCAGCACUAUAUACGCACAGAGGCCUACCAGGACCACUGGCUCAAUGAGCCAGAGUUUGUGGGUUCCUUCUCCAUUCCAGACACACAAAGUGUGGACGAUGACAAGGUUUACUUCUUCUUAAAGGAGACAGCUGUAGAGUCCAGCCAGUGGGACAAGAGGGUUUACAGUAGAGUGGCACGCAUCUGCAAGAAUGACGUUGGAGGGAAGAGGAGUCUGAUUAACCGUUGGACUACCUUCCUCAAGGCCCGUCUGGUGUGUUCUGUACCAGGACCUGGGGGACUGGACACACAGUUUGAUGAGCUCGAGGAUAUCUUCAUUCUGGAGACCAAAGACUACCAGAACCCUGUCAUCUAUGGAGUUUUCUCAACCUCCAGUUCUGUCUUCAGAGGGUCAGCAGUGUGUGUCUACUCCAUGGCCUCUAUCAGGGCAGCCUUCAACGGUCCAUUCGCCCAUAAGGAAGGGCCCGACUACCGCUGGGUGGAGUACAAGGGGAGGAUCCCAUAUCCACGACCUGGCACUUGUCCCAGUGAGACGUAUGAUCCCCUCCACAAGUCAACUCGUGACUUCCCUGAUGACGUAGUGAGCUUCAUGAGGGGUCACCAGCUGAUGUGGGAACCCAUCCUUCCCAUCACCCGCCGACCCGUCUUCACCCACGUCAAUGUGCCCUACACCCUACGAAGGGUGGUAGUGGAUAGGGUGGAUGCUGAGGAUGGUCAGUAUGACGUCCUACACCUGGGCACAGAUGAUGGCAAGGUGCUGAAAGUGGUGUCUGUCCCCAAAGACAACUGGGAGACUGAGGAGAUCAUUCUGGAGGAGCUGACCGUCUUUCAGACUCAGGCCCCCAUCCUUAACAUGGAGCUGUCUACCAAACGACAACAGGUGUACGUGAGCAGUGACGAGGGAGUGGUCCAGUUACCGCUGCAGCGGUGUGAGCUGUACGGUAGAGAUUGUGCUGACUGCUGUCUGGCCAGAGACCCUUACUGUGCCUGGGAUGGGAACACAUGCAACCGAUACUUCCCCAGCAACAAGAGGCGAGCUCGGCGCCAGGACGUGAAACAUGGGGAUCCGAUGAGCCAGUGUUACGACGCAGAAGACGGUUCUGAGUCGGUGGAAGUGAAGAUGGUAUAUGGAGUGGAGAGUAACUCAACCUUCCUAGAGUGUACUCCCAGGUCCCAGCUAGCUACAGUCAAGUGGACAGUACAGCCACCACAGGCUCACGUCAGCAGAGAGCUGCUCCAGAGUGAGGAUCGUAUGGUCCACAUGAAGCGUGGUCUCCUGAUGCAGCGACUGGAACCAGGGGACGCUGGCCUCUACAGCUGUACCACCCUGGAGCACUCCUUCUCCCAGGUCCUGGCCCGCUAUAACCUCCAGGUCAUACCCCAACAGAGCAUGACAGCAUCCCAGGCCAAGGAAGCUGAUCCUGGGGCUGGGGGAGCAGGGCUGAGGUGGGGCCCUGGAGGUCCUGGGAGCCACACCCAGAGCCACGCCCAGCUCUUCAAGAAUUAUAAGGACCUGCACAUGAUGGGCGCGGCUAGGAUGAACGUGGACGAGUACUGUGAGCAGAUGUGGCACCGGGAAAAGAAGAGGCAGCAGAAGCUGCGUCAGCUCAAGUGGAAACAGACCCAGGUGGACAACCGCAAGGCCAGGGUGAGACGGCACCGCUCCACUGAGGACAUCACAAUACAAUGACCUACGGACGGGGAUGGACAGAGACUUUUGGUUUACGUCUGAAAUGUCACCCUAAUUCCUAUAGAGUGCACUGCUUUGGACCAGGGUUCAUAGACCUAAGGUAGUGCCCUUUAAAGGGGAUAGAGGGCUAUUGUAGAUGUAACUCUGGAGAUGAAGGGAAUGUGUACAGCAAGACCUCAGUGGUAGUGCUGCACAUGAGCAGACCCUUUGCUUUGCUUUGAACAGAUAUGUACGCUUAAUAUUAUUAUCAGUCAGUUAACCUUUUUGUCCAUAGAAGUAUAAUUUUGAUAUAGAUGUUCUGGAUGUAUAUUCCUCCUCAAUCCUGAUCCCCUGUAUUCUGUGUAUUCUGUGUAUUCUGUGUAGACAGGAUCGUUCUUUUUGUACCCGGACCGACCCGUUAAAGUCUAUUAUUGCUCUCUGGACUGGUAGGUUUGUUUACUGAAUAAAAUCAGGCUGGACCGUUCUCCGUCACACAUGUUGAGGGCAAAUACACUGUCCCAGAACUACAACCACAGGUCUCCAAGAACUACAACCACAGGUCUCCAAGAACUACAACCACAGUUGUCCCAGAACUACAACUACAGGUAUCCAAGAACUACAACCACAGUUGUCCCAGAACUACAACCACAGGUUUCCAAGAACUACAACCACAGUUGUCCCAGAACUACAACUACAGUUGUCCCAGAACUACAACCACAGGUUUCCAAGAACUACAACCACAGUUGUCCCAGAACUACAACUACAGGUAUCCAAGAACUACAACCAGAGUUGUCCCAGAACUACAACCACAGGUAUCCAAGAACUACAACCACAGUUGUCCCAGAACUACAACCACAGGUAUCCAAUAACUACAACCACAGUUGUCCCAGAACUACAACCACAGGUAUCCAAGAUCUACAACCACAGUUGUCCCAGAACUACAACCACAGGUUUCCAAGAACUACAACCACAGUUGUCCCAGAACUACAACCACAGGUAUCCAAGAACUACAACCACAGUUGUCCCAGAACUACAACCACAGGUUUCCAAGAACUACAACCACAGUUGUGCCAGAACUACAACCACAGGUUUCCAAGAACUACAACCACAGUUGUCCCAGAACUACAACUACAGUUGUCCCAGAACUACAACCACAGGUUUCCAAGAACUACAACCACAGUUGUCCCAGAACUACAACUACAGGUACCCAAGAACUACAACCACAGUUGUCCCAGAACUACAACCACAGGUAUCCAAGAACUACAACCACAGUUGUCCCAGAACUACAACCACAGGUAUCCAAUAACUACAACCACAGUUGUCCCAGAACUACAACCACAGGUAUCCAAGAUCUACAACCACAGUUGUCCCAGAACUACAACCACAGGUUUCCAAGAACUACAACCACAGUUGUCCCAGAACUACAACCACAGGUAUCCAAGAACUACAACCACAGUUGUCCCAGAACUACAACCACAGGUUUCCAAGAACUACAACCACAGUUGUGCCAGAACUACAACCACAGGUUUCCAAGAACUACAACCACAGUUGUCCCAGAACUACAACUACAGGUAUCCAAGAACUACAACCACAGUUGUCCCAGAACUACAACCACAGUCAGUGUGUUAGACAGAGCUGUGGACAGUGUGAUGUGGUUGGUCCCUUCCAUCUUCCUCAGUGCCCCAUUCUGUCUUCAGACACCCUCAGCAAUACCGGUUAACAUAUUUGCACUUACCAUAUCGUCAUGACAGCAUUGAAAUAUGCUGUAUGUAGAGAAUGUAAUGCAAUGUACAGCAUAUACAUUGAAAAUGUAUAUUGGUAGGGUCACUCGCCUGCGUUAUGGACUGUAUCUACCUUGACUUCGUUUUUUCAAACACAAAACGAUUAUUUUUAUUAAGAAAAAUCUUUCAAUGUAAAGCAUUUGGUAGAUACUUUUUUGUGUGUGUUUGGUUUUCACUCAGAAAUAGAACCGUACAGGUAAUACAUUCAUACUGCACACUCUUAUCUAGACCCUAAAAUGGUUAUUUGGCUAUCCCCAUAGGAGAACCCUUUGUAGAACAUGGAACCAUGGAACCCAAAAGGGUUCUACCUGGAACCCAAAAGGGUUCUACCUAGUACCAAUAAAGGGUUCUACAAAGGGUUUUCCUAUAUGGAUAGCCGAAGAACUAUUUUAGGUUCUGUAUAGGACCUUUUUUUCUAAGAUUGUACUCCAAUACACUUUUGACAUGAAAUCUGUGGAAUAACUCACAUACUAUUCUAUGGUUUUAGAUGAAGUGAAGAUACCUGCUUUUCAUAUCUUAGAGGAAUGAGAAAAACAGCUUUAUGAGCAAAAAAUAUACACGCAUUUGUGGUUGAAAAUCAGGAUGAAUAAGUAGAGAGGAACCUGAAAGACACAAAGGAAGUCCGGCUCACACUAGACUUCACUUCUGGUAAUCAUCACUGAUCUCAUCAUUUAACAGUAGUGGGACCAACUGGGUAACAAACCCUAGUGCAGUAGAUUCACUAAACAUAGAAACAAUAUGUAUUUUCAACAUCUUGUGCUCACUGUGAAUGGACAUGUUCAACUUUGUAUGGACUGUCACUUGUUGUUUAUCAUACAGUUAGCACCAUCUCGUGUUGGUUGUUGUAUACUGCACAAGAAAGUUACGGUAGACCACAUGUUUUAUUAUACAGUGCUGUCAUUAUUUAAGCAAGAAUGCAAUCUAUUUAUUCUAUGUAUGUGUACUGUACACAGACUUACUAUAAGAGUCAAAGCAGUAUAUAUUAUAAAUCCAUACUGGGAACUAUUUUCAGUGAAGCACACUUUUUAAUAUUCCUUAUUUACACAUCAUGGUAGAUAAUGGUUUGGUGAUGCAUUAGAAUAGAAUGCAUCGUAAUUUCAUGCGUCAUAAUGCUUUGCUUUAUGAGGUAAGCCUGAUAUCUUUAUAAGGAAAGAUUGGUUCCUGAAUUUGGACACAUGACUAUAACGUAUAAAAGCCACCCAUUCACAGAGAACCAACUGAUUAGGGGAACAUGAAUAUGUGCUGCAUUAUUCUGAAGAAAUAUCUGAACGUAACCAAUGAUGCGUCUAAACCCUGGAUGGCUCGUAGCCACAGGGGGCUCUGUAAUGAAGCCAAUGAGCAGCCAUCUUGGUACUCCUCCUCCAUUGUAAUGAAGCCAAUGCACAGCCAUCUUGGUACUCCUCCUCCAUUGUAAUGAAGCCAAUGCGCAGCCAUCUUGGUACUCCUCCUCCAUUGUAAUGAAGCCACCGCAUAGCCAUCUUGGUACUCCUCCUCCAUUGUAAAAAAUAUUUUGGAAGCUAUAAAAAUGCAUUUACUAAUGUCUACAUUAAUUUUUGACAUGUUUAUUCUAUUGCAGACACCAUACUUUUAAAUUAUAUUAUGUGAGCUAAACUUAAAAUGAAAAAAUAUGUCCUUAUCCUUGAAACAUUAAAUUGAAAUGCUGUAGAGUUCUACUCAUUUGGGCUCCCGAGUGGUGCAACAGUCUAAGGCACUGUAUCUCAGUGCUAGAGGUGUCACUACAGACCCUGGUUCGAUUCCAAGCUACAUCACAACCGACUGUGAUUGGGAGUCCCAUAGGGCGGUGCACAAUUGGCCCAGCGUCAUCCGGGUUUGGCCGGCGUAGGCAGUCAUUGUAAAUAAGAAUUUGUUCUUAACUGACUUGUCUAGUUCAAUAAAAAUAAAAAAAUAAAAUAAAAAUCCUAUGGAGGACUCCUACUGGGGAAUGACAAUAUGGCUUCCCGAAGGCUUCAAAGCCUCUCAAUGACCAAUGCAUAGCAUCAGCAAUCCAGGGUUUAUAUACAUCAUUGAAUGUAACCUACACUAUCCCUCUAACUGACCUUGUGCAUAUUGUGAUGACUAACAAUUUAUACAAUUAAUUAAAACAAAUUUUACACUAAUGUAAUUAUAUUUUUCUUGAUUUUGUCUUUUUUUUAAUCUAUUGUUUUCUUGCAACAGCUCUGGUGGACAUUCCAGUAGUUAGCGUGCCAAUUGCAAGCUCCCUCAAAAAUUGAUACAUCUGUAGCAUUGUGUUGUGUGACAAAACUGCACAUUUCCGAGUGGCCUUUUAUUGUCCCAAGCACAAGGUGCACCUAUGUAAUGAUCAGGCUGUUUAGUCAGCUUCUUGAUAUGCUACAACUGUCAUGUUGAUGGAUUAUCUUGGCAAAGGAGAAAUGCUCAAUAACAGGGAUGUAAACAAAUUUGAGAGAAAUGUGUUUUUUUUUGUGCAUAUGGAACAUUUCUGGAAUCUUUUAUUUCAGCUCAUGAAACAUGGGACCAAGACUUUACAUGUUGUGUUUAUAUUUUUGUUCAGUAUAUAUUACAGAGGGUAAGGAGUAUCACUACAGGAUUAUAUCUACAGUGCCUUCGGACAGUAUUCACAGCCUUCAGCCCAUUACUUUUUCCACAUUUUAGCGUGUUACAGCCUGAAUGUAAAAUUUGAUUGAAUUGAGAUUUUUGUUGGUUGUCAUUGGCCUACACACAAUACCCCAUAUUGUCAAAGUGGAAUCAUGUUUUUCAAAAUUGUUACAAAUUAAUAAAACAUAAAAAGCUGAAAUGUC